AUGUUGGAAUCUUACCUUGUUUUCUGGCAGCUCGUUGCCUCAUUUAGUGGUAGCCUACCAGCAUCUUUGUAGCUGCAUUGGAUCAGAGAUGGAACAAGGUUUUUUUCUCAUGUAGUUAAUGUUACAUGCUCUUUAGCUACUCCUCUUAUCUCUUUUGUUCAGCUAGGAUUUAUCUUUAGUGAGUCUGAAUCAACUGCCUUAGAACAAUUUGAAGGUGGCCCUUGUGCAGUGAUUGCACCUGUACAGGCAUUCCUUUUGAAGAGGCUUUUUACCAGUGAAAAAUCUACUUGGAGAGACUGUCCAGAAGAGGAGCAGAAGAACCUUCUCUGUCAUACAUUAUGUGAUAUUUUGGAAAUGGCUUGUUCUGAUAAUUCUGAGUCAUACUCUCUGGCAACGUGGAUAAGAGGAAAAACAACUGAAGAACCUGCUAGUAUUUCUGAAAGCCCUGCAGUAUCUAGUCGUCAAGAGGAACAACCUUCUGCCUUGGCUGUCGAAGAGCUUGGCUUUGAGCGAUUUCAUGCAUUAAUUCACAAACGAGCAUUCAAAAGCUUCCCUGAACUAAAGGAUGCAGUUUGGGAUCAAUAUUCAGUGUGGACAAACAGAUUUGGAGUAUUGCUGUUUCUGUAUUCUGUGAUACUAACAAAGGGUAUUGAAAACAUUAAAAAUGAAAUUGAAGAUGCAGCUGAGCCACUGAUAGAUCCUGUUUACGGUCAUGGAAGCCAAAGUUUGAUUAACCUCCUGUUGACGGGGCAUGCUGUUUCUAAUGUGUGGGAUGGAGACAGAGAAUGUUCAGGAAUGAAACUUCUUGGUAUACAUAAACAGGCAACAGUAGGCUUUUUGACAUUGAUGGAGUCUCUGAGAUAUUGUAAGGUUGGCUCCUAUUUGAAAUCUCCAAAAUUUCCCAUUUGGAUACUUGGCAGUGAAACACACCUCACGGUCUUUUUUGCCAAGGAUAUGGCCCUUGUUGCUCCUGAAGCGCCUUCAGAACAAGCUAGAAGGGUUUUCCAAACAUACGACCCUGAGG